CCGCCGUCUCGCGAGGAUUGGCGUAGAGGAACUCGGAGAGAAGCCGGUGGCCGCGUCCUCCUUGACCGAGCCGGAAUAAACUGAUCCGCCAAGAUGGAGGAAUUGCUACUGCUACCGGGAGAAAUUGUUAAAGACAUGGCCAAAGAUGUUGCUUACAUCUGUCCAUUCACUGGAGCUAUUCGGGGAAGUUUCACUGUCACAAACUACAGGCUAUAUUUCAAAAGCUUGGAAAGGGAUCAUCGUUUAGUUUUAGAUGCCCCUCUUGGAGUUAUCAGCAGAAUAGAAAAAAUUGGUGGAGCCUCCAGUCGUGGAGAGAAUUCCCAUGGUGUCGAAAUUGUGUGUAAGGAUAUGCGAAACAUACGUUUUGCUUUCAAACCAGAUGGACGUGUUCGCAAAUCUGUCUUUGAGUCCCUCGUGAAAUAUGCCUUUCCAUUAAAUCAUAGUUUGCCUCUCUUUGCUUUUGAUUACAAAGAAGUAUUCCCUGAGAAUGGUUGGAAGGUUUAUGAUCCCAUCAUGGAAUACAGACGGCAGGGCAUUCCUAAUGAAAGUUGGCGAAUUUCAAAAAUAAAUGAGCGGUAUGAUCUGUGCGACACAUAUCCAGCUAUUUUGGUUGUUCCUGUAAAUAUUUCUGAUGAGGAACUAAGAAGGGUAUCUGCAUUCCGAGCCAGAGAUCGAGUACCAGUGCUCUCGUGGAUUCACCCAGAAAGUCAGGCUGCUAUAAUUCGAUGUAGCCAACCCAUGGUUGGAGUCAAUGGAAAAAGGAGCAAGGAAGAUGAAAAGUACUUACAGUCAAUCAUGGAUGCCAAUGCUCACUCUCACAAAAUAUUUAUAUUUGAUGCAAGGCCUAGUGUCAAUGCUGUGGCGAAUAAGGCCAAAGGUGGAGGGUUUGAAAGUGAGGAUGCAUAUCAGAAUGCAGAGCUGGUCUUCCUGGACAUCCACAAUAUCCAUGUAAUGAGGGAGUCUCAAAGGAAACUGAAAGAGAUUUCUUACCCGAUAAUUCAGGAAUCAAACUGGCUUUCCAACUUGGAGUCCACUCACUGGUUAGAACAUAUCAAGCUCAUCCUUGCCGGUGCCUUGCGGAUUGCUGACAAAUUGGAGUCGGGUAAAACGUCUGUUGUUGUACACUGCAGUGAUGGAUGGGAUCGCACUGCGCAGCUGACAUCACUGGCCAUGCUUAUGCUCGAUGGCUACUUUAGGACUAUUAGGGGGUUUGAAGUCCUAGUGGAGAAGGAGUGGAUUAGUUUUGGGCACCAGUUCCGUCUUAGAGUUGGUCACGGAGAUAAAAACCACGCUGAUGCAGACAAGUCCCCAGUAUUCUUACAGUUUAUCGACUGUGUCUGGCAGAUGACUAGGCAGUUCCCGAAUGCCUUUGAAUUCAAUGAACAUUUUCUUAUAACGAUUUUGGAUCACCUCUACAGCUGUCUGUUUGGAACCUUUCUCUGUAACAGCGAACAGGAGAAGAUAAUAGAGGGUCUCCAGCAAGAGUCAGCGUCCCUGUGGUCUUUCAUUAACAGCCAACUUGAAGAUUUUACCAAUCCGCUGUAUGUGAACUACUCUAAUCAUGUCUUGUACCCGGUGGCCAGCACAAGACACCUGGAGCUGUGGGCUGGAUACUACAUACGGUGGAACCCAGGAACAAAGCCACCGGAUGCCUUCAACAACCGCUGUAAAGAUCUACUGGCAAAGCGUGCUGAGCUCCAGAAAAAAUUGGAAGAACUUCAGAGAGAGAUCAGCAAUCGGUCUACCUCUUCAUCAGACAGGGGUAGCUCUCCGCAGUCCAUCGCCCCUGUGCAGACUGUUGUCUAAGUGUCCACAAUGCCUUUACCUUUUCACAGUUCCACCGUGAAAUCCUUUGUUGCUUUAUUUCUAGGGAAUAAAAUAAUACUUCAUAUAUCUGUGUCCAACAAAGAUACAGGCAGCCAUUCUGGUGAAACUGACCAGAAAUUGAGCUUCUUCAGUCACCAGUUUCCAGAAUUAGUGCUGAGUGUAUUGGGUAAACUUUGCCUGGAUCAGAUUAGUUAUCGAGAUGUAGCAAUGCAAAAUAUUGUACAUUGUUGUUUGUGUGUCUAUUACUAUGCAAUUCUAUAAUUUAUAGAAAUUUAAAAAGCACUAAUUAUCAGAGCAGCACUAGUUAUGACUGGAUAUCAAAGCAAACAGACUUUAAAUUCAAAAACUUUCUUCUUUGUGCAAUUGACUACUGGUGGCCUUUACUAAAACCAGGGUUUCUAUGUGAUGGGUAAUAUGUACCCUUCAGAGUGAUUCUAGCCCCCACCUCCAUCCUCAACUUGCUUCCUGAAGUUGAAAUACUCAGUGCAAUCACUUUGUAGUGCCAGCUAAAUGUUUAUGUACAGUUGUCAGAGCCCCCAUGUGUUCCUGGACAUACUUCACUUUAGGCUGGAGGGGCAUACAUGUAAACGUCUGCUGUGAAGUAUAAUUAAUGUGAAAGUAAGCAGGAAUCCCAAUAAAUUAUAUUGAUUAAGCAGACACUCCACUGCCCAAAUUGAAAAAAACAAAUCUAACGAUCACUGUUUAGUAGAAAUAGCCUAAUGAAGACAUGCAUGCAUCUACGGUAAUUAUGCCUUUUUUCAUUGGGGAAUAUCUGAAAAAAGCAGGCUAAAGCUGCAGAGCUCUUGGCUGCUGACUUUGCAAGCCCUCCCCUUCUAACCCUGCCCAGACUUUCUGUGGCUGUCCAAUCAGACACUUCCCAAUGCAGCUUAAUGAAAAAUCAAGGCUGCCACUUGAGUUUAGCUCCACUGAGAUAAACAACAAGGAAGUAGCAGGACUAAUAGUCUGAUUGACAGCUAAGGGGGAGGGCACAAAGGUUAAUGCAUAAAUCUGCCAAUUUCUGCACCUUUUUGUACAAUGAAAAAAUAUGACAUAGUCCUCAAAGAUGAAGCACUUCAUGAAGCUAAAGAGCGUUAGGAGUGUGCCUUUAAUAGAUUAUCAUGCUGCAGCAUUGAAUGCUACAUAUUCCAGAGCAGCUCUUUUCAUGUGCCAUCCAUCGGAUGAUAUAUAUCUUGAAAGCUAUUGUAGAUAUGGCAACCAUAUGCUGAUGAACAUCCUUCUAGAUUAAACACUUCAGGGACUUUAACAUUUGACAUUUACUUGUAGUCAUCUGAAGAUAAGCUUUAUAAUGAAAAAGCAAGCAGCUUUUACAUGACAUUUCUUAAUGAUUUGAAUGAGCUUACAGCAUUCACAUUUUUUUUGUUCCGCCUAGAGUCUCUUUUGAUAUGUAUGGUUAGCAAAGAUAGACACCAAUUUAAAGCCAGGCUGAUUGAAUCUGUUGCUCUCAUUUAAAAUAAGUCAGAUUCUAGCUUGUCAUAAAUAUUUAAAUUAAAUCUCCUUUUAGAAUUCCUCUCCCGCUAACAUUAUGAAUGAUACGGUUCAGAAUUUCAUCCAGCGCAUCUAUUCCUGAGUCGGAUUACUUGAACGUGUUUUACAUAAUCACUGUACCAGCAGGAGCACUCCCAUUAGACUAUUAUUUACUGAGCAAGUGGGACAUUGUUUAUUCAUGUGCAAUCCAAGCAUCAAGUAUUUUGGGUGAGUAUCCUUGGCCAAAGAAUAUAUUCACUUUGGAUUUUAAGAAGCUGAGCUUUGUAAAUUUAAAAUGUUAUUUAUUUUUAUAUCGUAACCUAUACUCAGGCUUCUAUAAUUAAAUGAAGAUAAUUUCUAAUACUUAAUGAUCCGUGGUGCCUUUAUUGUUUAAACUAUUUUUGUACUCAUCCCUAGGCUACUAAUUACAUGUGCGUCCUCAUGGAAAUGAGAAGUAUUACAGUGUAGAAAUUUGUCAACAAUAAUGAAGUGGGACAUAUUUGCAGGCUAAUGCAAUGCUUUCCUUGAAACUGUGUCAAACAGUUGUCAAAACACUAAUUUUUUGGCCAAUGACAAAGUGUUAAAGGGAAAGCCUUGGCUCUGAUUGGCUAUGCUGAAUGGUAAGCCGCACCUUACUGAGCCAAUCAUAUUCUCC